GUAGUUCCUGCUCCUAAGCACAGGGUGGCGCUGAUAUUCAGAAAGAUGAUGCCACUUCUAUCGCACAGAGAAGGCUGCAACAAGGAUUGGAAACACGCUUACUUACGGUUAAAUCUUUUAUUUACCUGUCACAAUCUAUACACUUUAUUAUCGUCUUUGUUAAUUCGUAAAGGACUUAACUUUAAAAGUGUCUACAGUUGCAUGUACCUCGACUAAUAGAGUGAUGGGGGGGGGGGGGGGACGAACUGGAGAGGGAUGCUUAGGAAAGCUGCUGUUGUAUUCACUGGUGGAGCUCAGGGUUAGGGUAGCAUACUGCGUCUAGGAGGAAGCCUUGUACAGUCUCCUCAAGAAGCAAAUCUCCACUUGACACUGAAAACCGGGAUGUAAAUGGAGUGACAGCCACAUGAGCAGCCUUAAGAGCCAGACCAUGGGUUAUGAUCCUCUUUCCUCUCCUUUAUAGUUGUAGAAUUGAUAUCUCUGUACAAUUGGUCCAACAAAAACAAACUAGAUACCUUAGUUGAGUUGUCCCACUUGACAUUCUAUGUCAGCUUCAACUCCCUCUGCCAUCCUGACUUUCAUAACUCCACACAAGUGUUAAUUUUGUUGCCCAUAACAACAAAGAAAACAUCAUAAUAAUAACUGCCAACAUGACCUAUAUUCCACUUUGACAUCUGUCUGAGGCCCAGCACCCAGUCACUUCUUAUCCAGUUUCAAAACUUGCUGCAAAUCUUUGAGACAUCUUGUUCCUCAGGGGUGGGUCUGUCCGUCUGCAUGGUCUCACCUCCUAGCACAAACGUCACAGCAGAAGAAGAGACGUCCCCCUCACCCCACCAGACCAUCAGCCGGCCAACUGUAGUGCUAUUAUAGUUCAAGCAAAGGCUAAUUGUUGUUCACUUACAAAGGAUCGCACAGUCCAAGUCUUUGGAUGGUAAUGCUGUGUCUUUCUACUGUAAACGAUAUAACAGAGCAAGAUGUGCCUCUAUGCACUUUUCUCUCACCGUGUGAUGUGAUUCAAAGUUGACUUGAUGACUGCUGACAGGGAAGUUUUUGAAAGACACUGGGAGAUGGUUUCAGAGUUUUUUCUUGGCUGCUUUUGUCCGUAGAGAAGAAGAUGACACUGCUUGUGGUUUUUGCGCUCCUGUCCCUGUCCUGCUGGGUCUUUUUCUACUUCAUCUUGUGUACUGUUAACGGGUCCAGGAGCUAUGAGUGGAACUGUCGCCUCGUCACACUGCUGCACGGAAUCCUAGCUGUCUGCAUCACAUCAUACAUAGGCUAUGUGGAUGGACCCUGGCCUUUCACUCAUCCAGGUACCAAGAAUACUCCCCUGCAGAUGAGUGCCAUGCUGGUGAGCCUGGGCUACUUUUUUUUCGAUAUGGCCUGGUGUGUGUAUUUCCGCACAGAGGGAGCCGUUAUGCUGGCCCACCACACCAUGAGCAUCCUGGGAAUCCUGCUGACCCUGUGGCUGGGGGAGUCUGGCAUCGAAGGCUGUGCGGUACUCUUUGGCAGUGAAAUCACCAACCCCCUGCUGCAGGCACGCUGGUUCCUCAAACAGACAGGACACUACAGGACAGUGCUGGGAGAUAUUGUGGACAUCUCGUUCGUGUCGCUGUUUGUGGUGAUGCGAGUCUUUGUGGGAGGCACAAUGCUGUACUGUGAGCUGAUCUCCCCAAGACCAAGAUUCUUUAUCAAGUGUGGGGGAGUGGCUAUGUACGUUCUGUCCUGGGUGUUUAUGGUAGACAUUGUUCGAUUUGCAAUUCGGAAAAGCAAGAGAUGGCAGAAAGAGCAGAGGGACCAACAAGAAACAGUGGCAGCAAAUGGUUAUGAGUUAAAGAAGGACUGAGAGUUUUAUGUUGAAGUAAACUGAAUUACUCUUUGCCUGAGCUUUUUAAUUGAGACACUACAGGAACAAUACAAAUAAAAUGCUCAACUAAAAUCAAAAAGGGAUGUAUCAUAGUCAAGGGUUUUUAAUGUUUAAGAAAGAUCUUGUGACAUCAGUCUGUGUAUUUUGAAUACUAAUUUUUAUACUUAUUGCAGCUAAACACAUGAUUGAUGUGUAACAAGUGCAGUUGACAAACAACACAACUAUGUAGUUUAUGCCACUGAAAACCAAAGCACUUUCCAGAAACACAUGACCAGAUGUUGCUUUCCCUUACAGUGGAAAACUGCGGCCUACUCUUACGCGAUGUGUUCCUUAAAGAGAAUCUGAAGUGCUAGAAGAGAGACAGUUUAUGUGUAACGCCCCUGGUGCUUGUGAAACAAUUCUAGUCAUAUCACAAAGUUAGGAUCAGUGGGAUUCUUUUGGCAGAUGUGAAAGGCAUACUCAGGGAGAUGAAGUCAUACCAGGAAGUUUGAGUGAGUUCCAGAAAAAUGUUUGAGAUGUGUUGGAUAUCUUUGUUGUGUGAUUUAUUGUAAGUCUUCUAAGCUUUUAUGUGCAGCUUAUUUAAAAGACAAACAAUAAUUUAUAUUCUCAAAUGUACAUGAUAAUAUCCAAGCAAGGUAGUUUUACACUGGGUAUUCAAUUAUUUCACUCUCUCAUUGGAAUAUGUAAACAUAAAUAUCCUCUAAUGUUUAUUUGAACUGAAGUAAACAACAGAUAUGUACGCUGUACUGACUACCCCAAAUCAAUGUAAUUUAAUAAAGCCAUGUCUCAGAAUCUUUUAUCAGGUAAAAUUGGACGAUGAAAUUCAAUAUACUGUUGGCUAUUUCUACAGUUGACAUUGUCUUUGUCAUGCCCAGUAAACUGUUCAAUGUCUACAUCCAGCCUUAACGUAAAUUAGUAACGUCCAAGCUUCAAGAGCCAAUCAAUAGUGAUUAUUGGGUUCUGAUAAGACGAUACUGAGAUGACAUUGAGAUAAUUUCUUAGAAAAUGUGUCAACUUUGGUAAUUUCUAAUAUCCAAGAAAGAUAAUUCAUUUGGUUUGCAAGUUUAAUUAGUUUUGUUCUUGUUUGGUACUUAAUAUGUGAUUUUGAUAACAUUUGCCAUUUUGUAUUAAUUGUGAAGAAAAUAUUCAUCAAAUUAUUGUGGUAUUAAUUACAACCAGAUCGUCCAAAAAGAACACACUUUUUAAUCAUGGGAUGAAGGUGAAGUUGACUUGUUAAGUAUAGGGGAUAUUGUAAUUUAGCUAGCUUCAUGACUACAUUUGCUCUAUGUUAUUUUCUUUAACAUUGGUACCUGCAGCUUGAAAGCCUUUCAUUAUUAACCUUAUUUUGCUACUUAACAUUUUAUUGAAAAUGUAUGGGCUGCUCAGAGGGUCACGGUCUGUUUACCUGCAUCACUAUUACAUCCAACAACAACAAAAAAACACUAUUAACUGGUGUGUGCCUUAGUUUUAUGAAUGUACUUUGCUAAAUUUGUCAUUGUUUUAUUGUCUUGGGCUGUAUUGUGAACCCUCCAAACAUACCUGUAGAAUUAAUGAAGAGCCAAUUUCGGUGUGGAGUUGCCUUUGUAAUGCCUGCGUGAUGUGAAAUAAAUAUGUUAUUGAUUGUUUUCAUGAACAAUAAAAAAAAAAAAGCCACUGA